UCCGGUAGACCGCCGGACUGCCGCAAAUUCGGAUUCUCAGCCUUUCUGAAAUCCCCGAUGUGCCUUGUAGCGUCCACCUUCAGACAUGCCACCCAUCCCAGCAACGCUAGAUGCUGAAGCUCUCUCUCUAAUCGAGUCCAUCGAACGACACCAUAACGACCUUUCAACUUUUCAGAUUCCUCGUCUGAGAGCUUGCACAGGUCCUUUGACCACGCAACAAGCAUGGGCUGCGGAGGUAAGGGAGGACAUUGAAGGUCUGGCAAGGCAAAUCGAGGAACUGGAUGUCCUGGUUGAUGACCACAGAACUGAACGGGCGAGGAGAGAGCUGAGGAGAAGAGCUGAAGUUUUUCGGGAUUCAUUAGUCAAUCUACGCAAAGACUCUCGAGCAGCAUUGCUAGCAUCGAAACAUGCAAUUGACUCCCAAAGUCGGUCACGACGAGAGGAGUUGUUGAGGUCUCCUGCCUUUCGGCAGAACAGUACAAGCUCCUUGAGCGAGAAAGUCACCGAAGACAUACUCAUGAAAGCCAACCAUGAUGUCACAGAAGCACUGCAACGAACAAUUGGACUCAUGCAGAAAGAGCUUGAGCGCAGUGUCUUGUCAAGUCAACUACUAGAAUCAUCUACUGCAACUAUCCAAUCUGCAUCCACAACACAUGACAAGCUCGAUCUCAUCCUCGGCACCUCCAAACAACUUAUUACUGCACUCGAAAAGACAGACUGGCUCGACCGCAUCCUUAUUAUUUCCGGCCUCGUGUUUUUCGGCCUCGUGGUCCUCUUCAUCCUGAAGCAGCGCAUCAUUGACCGCGGGCUACGUAUCGCCUUUUUCUGGACGAGAUUGUUACCAAGCUCUGGCUCAAGUACGCGCGCGGUGGUGCAGAAGGCUGGGGAAGUUGUAACGACUGUAUCGGCUGCCACUACCGUUGCGUCGGCUGUACUGGUGUCGUCGAUAGGUGGACAGAUAGAACCCAGCAUAGAUGUAUUUGAAUCCCCUAGUUUCAUAAUAUCGACUACAGAGCCAUGGACUACUGGACAGCAUGGCGGCUCAGGAGACGCACACGUUGAAUUAUGAUCAUAUCACGAGUCCUUAGAACAUUGCUUUGGGUUCUUUAUAAGCUCCUCCAGGUGAUUAAGUGCCAUCAAAGUUUGCAGUAUCAACCUUAGGACCUCCGAUACUCGAUGCAACCCACCAGGCUUCCCAUCUACUCAAGUCUGAACAUUAAUAUUUUCACUGUUCAGCGCCGUCC